AUAUGAACAAAAGCAAGACUUAAUGAUGAAAGGAACACAGGGCGUGUUUAGGAGGACAGGUUCAUUAUUCAGGUCCAGCAGUUUCCCUGAAGGCAAACCUGUAGCAGCCACUAAUUUUGGUGAGCACUCCAUUGUGGCCGCACGUGCCUCUGUGAUGAUCUAUGAUGAUGCCAAUAAGAAAUGGGUUCCCAGUGGCAUGUCACAAGGCAUCUCCAAAGUCCAUAUAUACCAUCAUCCUAUCAACAAUACAUUCCGGGUGGUCGGCAGAAAGAUGCAGGACCAUGAGGUGGUUAUUAACUGUGCCAUUCUAAAAGGUCUCAAAUACAAUCAAGCCACCCCUACGUUCCAUCAAUGGCGGGACAACAGACAGGUGUAUGGCCUAAACUUUGCCAGCAAAGAAGAUGCAGAGAACUUUGCACAUGCAAUGCUCACAGCUCUAGAGACAAUGAACAGUAUACAGCGAUCACAAUACCAGGCUCCACAGGCGCUACAAACACCACCCACAGCGUAUCAGCAACCUCCGUCACAGUACAUACAGAAUGGUCCAGUAGACAUGAACGAAGACAGGUAAGUUGAUGCCUUUUGGUCACAUAUUCUUUUUUUGAAAUGUAAAAUUCAGAGCCUUUUAAGCGUAUUAGACAUUUAUGUAACAAAAAGAAAAGAUUUCUUGUGCAGUUUUAAGCUUUUUUGUGCAGUUUUAAGCUUUUUUAUUAUUAUGGAGGUAUACCUUCUGCAAGACUCUGCAAAUCCUUUUUUGGAGUACUAAAUUUCCCGUAUUUACUCUAUCUAUUUACACAAUAACAGUUUUACAAAUGGUGUAUCUGAAGUUAGCGAUAAAGUGAAAACUGUUUCAAUUUUCAUGAAUUAUAAAUGUUUGCUGUAUAAAUGUUUAAAGCUCAUUUUGGGCUAUAAAAUUGUGAUAGUGUGACAUCAUUGAAAAUAUGUCAUGUCAUGUGUGUGAUGUCACCUGAAAAAUAACAACACUAGCAGCAUGUGACAUUGUAAGGAGUGUGUGACAUCAUGAAUGAUUGUUAUAUAAUGAAAAAAACUAUGACAUUAUGUGGCAUGUUCAACGUCAUGAAUAUUGUGAGUCCCUAUAAAGCGAGACACUGUGAAAUACAGUAUAUUAUGUGAGGCCUGGUACAAUAUGGUAUAGUAUGUAAAAUGUGGUAUAUUGUGUGAAAUGUGUGCCAUUUGGUGAAAAAGAGACACCAUGUGCUAGAUGACAUUUAGUGAAUGGUGACAUGUAAAGGGCAGCAAGAGAUUAAAGACUUUCAUUACAGUAUCAAGGUUCGUCUAAAACUAAGAUCAUAUAGAAAGAAGCUGAAUAGAGACAGGUGUAGACAAAUUGAUGAUUAUGUUUGUUGUCAUAAAUAUAUUUUAAAAAUAUAUUUUUCAAUUUUGGGCCUUUUGGCAGUAAAAUAUUAUUCUCCCUAGUGCAAAUAUUUUUUAGUAUUAUCAAAGUUGAUAAAAAUCCCUUCCCCCUGUCCUCAACUCUCUCACAACAUAAAAUUUUUAAGUACCCCAACUUCACUGAUUAUUUUUUAUCAAAACAAAAACGCUUUCUUUGAGCUCUUGCUUCCUGUGAAUGUAGAUAUGCAAUUAUACAUCUUGAGUGGCAUCCGCACAAGUCUUUCAUUGUCUAUGUGGUCCUGGGUAGGAUGUAAUAUAACAGAUUGAAAACUGUUCUGGUUUGAGCACACAGUGCUGACUUCAAGCCAACUUUUGAAAUUUUUUUUCAAACCACAACUGCACCACACUGUGAGGAAUUGGUCACUUGGUUAACAAUCAGUCUUUGUUUUUUUCCUUUUUUUUUAACGUCAUUGUAGUAAACAAGGGAAGGGAAGUGUGUGGCAUAAAGAGAUAAAGGAAAACACUCUGAAAUAGGUCAUCAAAUUAGAAAGAAAAAGGACUGUAUUUGACAGACUAGUGGCUUGUUGUACAGAAGUAUUGAUGUUAUGUUAAUACAAUUUGUUGACUGGGUUUUGUGUCUGUGAAGUUUUUGCAGUGUAACUCAAACAGAGUACAGCCUGGGAUAGCUUGUAUGUUACUAGGAUGCUCAAAUUUACAUCUUUCCGUGGCCAGUAAGUAUAUAUGUAGAUCAGUUUAACCAGGAUAUAUGGGAUGUAUACAAAAUGUCAUCAUAUUUGCCUCAAUGAGGUUUUGAGAUUCUCUAGAAUAUUUUAUUUUCUGAAGUAUUAGACCAUGGCUUGUUUGAACAAAAAUGUUCUCAACAUUAGAAUAAGUGCUAUCAUAAACGUUUCUAUUGACAAGACAUGUUAGCUGUUUACAUUUACCUAUUGGAAAUGAUGUGUUGUAAGCUUCUUGCAAUAGAUUCUUAAAUUGCUUCAUAUAGACACUAAAAUUAAAGAUGAAAAUUUUGGGUCCUAUUCAGAUUUUAAUAGUAGAUAGAUUUCUGCAUAUAUUUUAUUUUUUUCUAGGACCAACAUAACUGCAGUAGAUAAAAAGUGUAUGUAGUACGCAUAUCUAUUUUAAGAAGUGUCUAACUAUUUUUAGACUGUACUGUUACCUUGCUUGUCACUCUUUGAAACAAGAUUCAGGGAAGCAAAGUGGGAUGCAGUUUGGUGGCAUUUAUACAAAAAUAUCAA